AUGCAGGUGCUUGGCACCACCGCGCUUGGCACCACAUUCCCGGUGCCGCUCAAUGCGCUGCUGUCCACGUGCGUCGAUGCGGCGAGGCUCGGCUGUCGUGAGAUCAGGGCGGUGCAGGCGAACCGCGAAUCGAACGGGCUGGACGUCAUGUCAAAGCCGGGCGAAGAGUUCAGGUACACGGUGUUGACCGAGGCGGACCUCGCCGCGCAGCAGGCCAUCGUAUCGGCCCUUCGCGCGGCGUGGCCGGGCCUCCUCGUCGUUGGUGAAGAGGACGACGCUGCCGCCGCAGAAAAGGGCGUGCCCGGCGAGGCGCCGCCGGUGCUGCGUAAAGACUUGUGCGCGGACGCGGCGUGCGAGCGGGCCGUACCGAUGGCCGACAUCGCCGUCUUCGUCGACCCGCUCGACGGCACGCGAGAGUUUGUCGAGGGCCGGCUGGGCAACGAGGGCGGAGAGCCUCAGGUGCUGUACGCGCUCGUCGGCGCCGGCAGCGGGGCGCUGGGACGAGGCGACUCGAGCAACGCGCUACUGCAGGCGGCUCGAGCAGCCGCGCUCGCGCAGGGCGGUACCGUGGGCGGCGCGGGCAACAAGCUGCGCUCGGUCGCCGAGGGCCGCGCCGACCUCGCAAUCAUGCACUUUGGAACGAGUUUGUGGGAUACCGCCGCGCCGGAGGCGCUCGCGCUCGUGCGGGCGAGCGGCGGGCGCGUCAGCGACCUCUUCGGCGCACCGCUCGUCCACCGCACGGGCGGCCCGCUCAAGAACGCCCUCGGAGUGGUUGCGUCGGCAAAGGGCUGCGGCGCGGCCCACGCGUCCCUGUGCAAGGCGAUGCGGUCUGACCCGCGCGCCCUCGCCCUCCUCGCCGAGUCCGCCGGCCCGCGAGAGGCGUGGGGCGCUCAGGCGGCCGACGUCGCCCGGGGCCUCGACGGGCGCCUCGACGGGCGUCCGCUCUGCCGCCGCUGGUUGGGCGAGGCGGUGGGCGGGGGCGAGCUGCUGCGGUACGACGCACCGGAGGAGGGCGCGUUCCGCGGGAUGAUCGCCUUCUACAAGCGGGUGGUGAUGGGCGAGCUCGAUGCUGCGCGCGAUAAGGCGCGCGAGCAGCCCGCAAAGCUGGCGCGUGACGCGCGCUCGUUUGGCGCGGGGUUCCUUGGCUCUGCCGCGUGCGCGCAGCUCCUGGCAGCGGGCGUGCACGCGCCGCGCGCGUACCGCGUCGAGAUGCGGCCCGAUGAGGCAUCGCCGAUCGACUCUGCCUUCUCGAUGCUGCUCUCGGACUUCUCGCCCGAGGCGGGAUGGACGCAGGCGCGCCGCUCCCUCGCCGCCCUCGCUCGGCUCCACGCCUUCUUCUGGGAGGGAGGCGCCUUCUCUACCAGCGGCGGCGAGGCGGCGGCGGAGCUGGAGGCCGCGGUCUGGCCCGCCGGCAUGUACACGCAGCCGUCGAUGCAGCCGGCGGCGCAGUUCGACCGCCUCGCCGCAAAGUACACGGAGCACUCGGAGCGGCUCGGGCCGCGCUUCCACGCGGCGGAGGAGCUCGCCGGCGUCGAUUCCGAGCGGCUUCAGACGCUCGGGCAGAGGCUGCAGCGCGUGGCGCGCGACGCCGCGGCCGAGUCCCACCCGUUCGACGACGUUGCCGCCGGCGCUGGCGGCGCCGGCGGCAACGCGGCACGCCGCUUCCGCACUCUCAUUCACGGGGACCCGAAGGCGGCAAACUUGCUGCUGCACGAGGGCGGCGCCGUCGGCUUCAUCGACUUCCAGUGGACCGGCUGGGGAUUGGCGGCGACGGACGUCGCGCACCACGUCUGCGCCGCAUUCGCUCCAGACGCGCUCGCGCAGGAGGGCGCGCUGCUCGACCACUACCACGCGUCGCUCCUCGCGGCGGCCGCAGAGUUUGGCGGCGCGCCCUCGCUGCCCUCGCGCGCGCAGUUCCAGGCGCAGUACGUGGCGGCCAUCCUCGACAUGGGCCGCAUCGUGCUCGCCUACCAGUGGUCGCGCGCCGACUUUGAGACGCCGUCGCUCAACCGCAACGGCUACAACAAGGACGUUCGGUGCGCCGCCUGGCUGGCGGCGCGGUGCGACCGCGCGCUCGCCGAGUGGGAGCGCGGGCGGGCGCGCUGA